CGUCCGAGCAGCCCGCUCGUCGGUCCCCGCAGCGGCGGCGGCUGCCCAGUGACAGCGGCGGUGGCUCCAGGCCGGCCAUAGUAGCACAGGGUCGUGCCGCCCGGAAACGCGCAUCCGACCAGAGGGCGGCGGAGCGCGGGGAAGGCACGCCCCGGAUCGCGCGUGAGACCUCGCGGGCGCUUGGCGCGAGGCCGGCGUGAGAGCGCGCGAAGGUAGUGGCCGCCGGCGGCCGGGACCCGCCUGUGCUCGCAGCGGCCGCCGGCAUGAGCCACAUUCAGAUCCCGCCGGGGCUCACGGAGCUGCUGCAGGGCUACACGGUGGAGGUGCUGCGGCAGCAGCCGCCCGAUCUCGUCGACUUCGCGGUCAGCUACUUCACCCGGCUGCGCGAGGCCCGCUCCCUCGCCGCCAGCCCGCCCACCGCCCCUCCUUCCGACUCCCAGAGUCCGGAGCCGGACCCGGGCCUGGUCGCCGACGCCAACACCGAGAGCAACUCGGAGGACGACGAGGACUUGGACGUUCCAAUUCCUAGCAGAUUUGAUCGGCGAGUGUCAGUCUGUGCUGAGGCCUAUAACCCUGAUGAGGAAGAGGAAGAUACUGAUCCAAGGGUGAUUCACCCUAAAACUGAUCAACAGAGAUGCAGACUUCAGGAAGCUUGCAAAGAUAUUCUGCUUUUCAAAAAUCUGGAUGAGGAACAACUUUCUCAAGUCCUUGAUGCCAUGUUUGAAAGGACAGUCAAAGUUGAUGAGCAUGUCAUUGACCAAGGAGAUGAUGGAGACAACUUUUAUGUCAUAGAAAGGGGAACCUAUGACAUUUUAGUAACAAAAGAUAAUCAAACCCGCUCUGUUGGUCAGUAUGACAACCAUGGCAGUUUCGGAGAACUUGCUCUGAUGUACAACACCCCGAGAGCUGCUACCAUUGUUGCCACUUCAGAAGGCUCCCUUUGGGGAUUGGACCGGGUGACUUUUAGAAGAAUCAUAGUGAAAAACAAUGCAAAAAAGAGGAAGAUGUUUGAAUCUUUUAUUGAAUCUGUGCCCCUCCUUAAAUCACUGGAGGUUUCAGAACGGAUGAAGAUUGUUGAUGUCAUAGGAGAAAAGAUCUAUAAAGAUGGAGAGCGCAUAAUAACUCAGGGUGACAAGGCUGACAGCUUUUACAUUAUAGAGUCCGGUGAAGUAAGCAUCUUGAUUAGAAGCAAGACUAAAGCGAACAAAGAUGGUGGGAACCAGGAGGUCGAGAUUGCCCGCUGUCAUAAGGGGCAAUACUUUGGAGAGCUUGCACUGGUCACCAAUAAGCCCAGAGCUGCUUCGGCUUAUGCAGUGGGAGAUGUCAAAUGCUUAGUUAUGGAUGUACAAGCAUUUGAGAGGCUUCUGGGGCCCUGCAUGGACAUCAUGAAGCGGAACAUUUCACAUUAUGAAGAACAGCUGGUGAAGAUGUUUGGCUCCAGUAUGGAUCUGAUUGAUCCCGGGCAGUAGGUGUGCUGCACCCCAGCGCCUUCUCAGUGUGACACCAAAACCUUCCGGUCAGCCACACAACACACACAGAAAACAGACACGACAGAACUGUUCCUGCUGUUGCCAUCACCACUGCCAUUGCUAUGGCUGUGGGCAUUUAUAAAACUUGAAAGUCAGCACUAAAGGAUGGGUAGAGGUUCCACCCACACCUCCACUUUGCUCCUGAAAGCCCAUUAUUAGACCACUUGUAAUGAUUACUCAACCCAAUUUUUACAUCUUUGGUUCAAAAUGGCAUGUCUCUCCAACAAUUUAAGUGCCUGAUAAAAAGUCCAAAGUGUAAACAUCUUACUUUCCUCUCUUGCUGCUAACUAUUGCUUUUGGAAGUUACCACAGGUCUAUACCAUUGUAUAACUGUAGACAUCCUCUCCCAACCUUUCUCAAGGGAGGAAAUGGUGUAACCUUUGAUCCCCUCAUUUGUCCUUUGAGAAAGUGUACAUUUGUUCACAAUUGUAGUCUUUGGCUUUACUGUGGGAAAUGGUGGUAGAUCUGAUGGAGGUCUGUGGUCCUGUGGCGUUGUACCAUGUGCUGGCAGCUGCACACGCCACAGUGGUUUCAAGCAUCACAGUGACGUUUGGAUGCAGCAGAUCAGCAUCCCAAGCACACUGAUCAGUCACUGGGACCCAUGUAAAAGCAGGAAAUUGCGCUUCAGCACGUUCUUGAGCUAGAAGAGAACCAGAAGAUUUUUUUGGGUUGGGAAGUUUUAUCUUUUUUGUUUUUGUUUUAUUUGAUUACUGUGCAAUUUGCAUGAAUGAAUUGCUGUCCCUUUAUAUGGAGCCGGGGUCUAGAGGCUUAUUACCUUAUCGGACCCAACACUUUUCUGGACAACUUUUGCCAUCUCUUGUUUCCACUUGUCCCUACCAGCUGUUGACAGCAUACUGUACUACGAAGAGAACCCUUUCCUUGUACACCAGAUUUGUGGCAUAGCUUUGCUGUUGAACCAUAAAUUUUUUUUUAAGUCUUUAAAGAAAAAAUGGCUGUGUUUUCAAAUUAAAAGAAUACUUUCUCCAUUUAGGGAAUGCCCCUUGGCCAUAUUCAUAUAUGUGGAGUUUUUCAGCUGAUCCAGGCAUUCAUCCUAAACUUCAACUCUUGUUAGUUUUCAAAAAUUAGCAUCAGUUACAUUUUCAUAGAAUUUGUACUUUAUAGUUAAGAUGUUGGACUAUUUGCUGUUUCAUUUGUUCCUUUGGAACUAGAAAGUUCCAGAGGAAAUCAUUUAGCUUGUAUUUUAAAACUUUUCAACCUUUUAAUUACAUCAAGUAGAAUUUUGAUGAAUUGCCCUGAUUGCUAUAUUUCAGAAUGAGAUUUUGUUUUCUUCUUCCGAAUGACUUAGAAUCAGGUGUCAUAAAAGAGCUAAAGAACAGUGGAAAUUUUGCAUAAAUAUAAAUUUGAAUGUGAUAGCCCAGUUUAUAUUAAAUAAAGAGAUCCUUCCCAAUAUCAUCUUUUUAAAAACUCAUAUAACUUACUGAAUCCCAAAAAGAUUAUAGGCUGGGGCUUGAGUCAUUCCCACUGUAGGAAAUGAUAGUGCCCCCACAUAAUUAUCUUCCAUUGUUCACAUAAGCCAGGUAUUUUUGCCAAUGACAUUGUGGUCAAGAGAGUUCCAGAGUGGUGACCCACCACAGCCUUGGUCAGUUCUCCCUUUUUCUUAUGUCUGUGAAGUAAAACAGAAGGAUGCUUUUCAGAAUGCCCUGUGUAGCCUGAAUUGCACCUUUCAGAAUUGUGAACGGUUGGAACUAAUACUCCGAAACAGGCAGCUAGUACUGGGAAAGCCUCGGGUUUACCCAUGAUUUUCCAAGGUUCUUUUUUUUCUAUGAUGUUCCUUUAUUAUUAAAUAAAGAAAGCACAUUUUGCACAUAAGCAGACAAGAAAUAUGUUUCUUGCAAAGGUAACAGGUACAUUGGACUUAUCUAUAGAGCUAUAGCCCCUGGCUGUGUGAGGACUCUGAACGCUGAGCAUAGCCUCCUGCGCACUUCUCACCCCACCACCAGCACUAGUUAAGGCUGUGAGCUUUGCUCACACUCCUGCAGGCCGCAGGGAAUGGGCCCACUUGUUCUGCCCUCCUGCAUAUCCCAGUUCAGUCUUCUUCAUCUCAGAGGUCUCUUUUGACACCCCAAGUCAUUGAUGGUAGCAAUUUUACGGAGUAGAAUUCAUCAAGUUUAUGUCCUCCUGUUCUAACUACAUAUGGGUCAUCAGUCCAUAAUAGUAAUACAUACUGUGUCCCUUAAAGCCUCGUUUGAGAAAAGGAGACUUUUCAGUGAAAUAGGGCACAGCCAUUACCAACAGGCCAGGAGUCUGACAGCAUUCAAGUCUCUUUGCAGCAUGGAGAAUAAAGAUGGAAGACGAAGUUUAGCUCAGGGCUGAGUUAUUCACACUUUGCCAGGCAUGCCCUGAAUUUAUGGUUGAGCUUCAAGAAGAAUGUAUGUUGGGGAGAGAUCUUUUUUUAAAAUUAUUAUAGAUUGCUUCUUUGGUUUAGAGCUUCACACCCUCUUUUCUAGUUUGCUGUUGAUUUAGGAUAGUGGAGAAUAUUCCUGAGAGCCUUGAGGUCCAAUCUGCAGUAUUAUCUUUCCUUUUGGCCCCCGGUUUAUUAUACUCACUCUCUUUAUUGGUUGUGUUCUUUGAAGGAAGGGUUCAUGUGGUCUGUUCUCUUAACUGAUAAUCUCAUGUAAUUGCUACAGAUUCUCAGAAAUCGGGUGGAGCUUUUUUUGAGCUGUUUAAUGAUCAAAUUUGGCAGCCAAGUAGGAAGAAAUGGUUCUCCGGCCAGGAGAAGAUGUUCAUCAUUUUAUUGCCCAGAUUCUUUGCUUGUGAUAAAGUAGUCGGUGAGAGGCGCCACUGGUGUACAGCAGCAGCCUGGGGGACACACCAUUUCCCUGUCAUGUCAGUUCGUACAAACAGUCCCCUCUAAUUUAAAAUCAUUGAAAGAGCAUUUUUGCUCAGAGGAAGGAAAAAGACCCGUGAAUAUCAUCUUUUAUCUUUUGUUUUCAGUUGGCUGAUGUUGGAAUUUUUGUUCUUGACAUGCACUUAUAAACCAGUCUUGCCAAGAUACAAGUUGUUUUGGUUUUUUCACUAAAAUUACCUCUUGUUCCUCCUGUCUUGACUGCUGACGUCCUUUAAUGAUUCUGAUGUCUAUUUUAUGAGAAGCAGCCUUCCUGUGGGUUUCCUUUUACACAAUGCAGGGCUAUCUUUAUACUUAAAAAAAGAAAAAAGAAAAAAAAAAAAGAACACUGUCAUUAACCUCACGUGGGAUUUGCAGAAAACCAUUUAGCCCACCUUGAGCAAAAUGUAGAUUCUUCAUUGUUUUCUUAAGAUCAUUGUAAUAAAAUAAAUCUAAUUCAGCAUUAUUGUGCUACCUCAAGGGUAAAAAUCUUAAGGUUUUGUUUUUUUUUUUCUUUUUGGGGGGGGUUUUGGUCCUGAGUUCUAUACAUGGUGUUUGAAAUGUCUUUCAGUUAAAAUUAUGUUUUUAAAUCAUUGGGGAGAAUUUUAUUUUAAUCCAUUUUACACUUGUAUUUUAAUCUCAGAAGUGAUUGGAAAGUGAUCAAUUCUUGCUCUGUAGUAUUGAAUAUGUAAUUAAAUUGUUGCUAUAAAUAAGGUUGGGGUUUUUUAAAGGAAACUCUAGGGCUCGGCUUUGCUCUUGGUUAAUAAAGGCUGACAAAUUAUGUCUAACU